AUGAGUGAAAAUAGUCAAUCUACAAGUGAUUUCCCUUCUUCGAGUACUAAUGCGGUAGGGAACUGGGGCGAUGUUGCUAAUAAUUCAAACACGAAAGAAAAUGAUGGUAUAAGUUCAUACAUCACCACGGUUUUCCACGUCCACAUGCCUAAGCUUGAUUCCAAUUAUUCACCCGCGGUUCUUGGGAGUUGCGAAUCUUUAGGUAAAUGGGAUAAAGCAAAACCUCGAGUACUUCUUAAAAAUGUAAGGAAUACUCUUUGGAUAUCCAAUCCGGUUAAAAUUCCAAAUAAUAUCGAGGUGCAAUACAAGUACGCGAUAUAUUACAAAGGCAUUCUUAGUUUUUCUAAACUCACUUUUGAAAAAUAUGAAGGUGAAGGUGAACAAGCAAAUCGUAAUCUGGAACUUCAUGAAAAUCAUUAUGACAUUUGGAAGAAUAAUUAUUCAUUAUUCAAAAUUGAACCCGAGUUACUAAGAAAGGAAUACGCAUUUGUCGGUUACAUAUACGAACAUAUUAAUAAUAACAAUCUGAAAGAUAAAUUAAUAGAAUAUCAAAGGAUUUUUGAAGAUCACAGGGAAUAUGCAAGAUUUGCAACAAACCUUAGCUUUAUUAAGGAACGGGUGAUUGAUUGUAAAACAAAGGAAAAGCGUUACUUCUUAUUUCUACUUCUCGGCUAUUAUAUGAGUCAGACGGGAAAACGACAAUUUGACAAUAUUUCAUUGCCUGCAGAAUUUCCUUCUGAUACGCUAUUUGAAGUGCUUGAUGAUCUAAACCUAAUCUCGGGAACAAAGCACUAUGUGAUUUUCUCGAUAAAAGCCUUAACUCAACAUAGUUCCAAGUAUGGCAGCUUUGAGUGGUUUAGAAUGUUUACACUUGCACCGGAACUUGAUGAGGAAUACACUUUCUUGGAUGCCAUAGUCUUUUGCGAUUAUUCCAAGAACUCUUCUCGUUUUCAAAAGUCCCUGUUAGAUUAUGUGCAACCGCGCAUUUCAGAAAUAAAACAAAAAGAUGAUCUAAUUCGUCGAGUUGCAUCGAAAUUGUUGCAGUUGUCAUAUAAUCUGGAAAGUUUAUUGUUUAUUUUGAAUGAAGUUAUAGGAUAUGAUGAGCGUCUAAAGACCAUUGUUGAAAAAAGAAUCAAUGAUUUUAUCAAGCAUGAUAGCCCUAUUCAAUUAUAUAAUCAUUUUCAAGAGGUUCGUAACGAGAGCCAAUUUGACAUAAAGAAGUUAUUUCGCGAAAGGCUCUUAAAACAUCUGCAAUAUCGGGGCGCACAAUGGGAGCAUCGUGAUGUCGAGUCUUUGAAUAACAUCCUUCAUGAUAAAAAUCUUAUUUGGCCAAUCGAGGAUCUCAUAAAAAUACUCGAGUGUGUAGCUUCCUCGGACCAAUUACCAUUGUUGCAAAAUUAUCUCAUAAUCUUGAAAUUAGUAUUGGGUCAAGAUCAAGGCUAUAAGUCGCUUCUCAUAAAUAAAGCUUUGGCUACCACUUACACGUGGCUUCCAAAAUUAACCGCACUUUUGGCGUCAAAAAGUGGUGCGUCGUCUGCACUAUCAAAAAACAUUGCAUUUAUUACAUUCCAAAAUUUUUCCUCGGUGUAUAAAAUGGUUGAAGAUUGGCCACAUAUUUGUGAAGAAUUGAAGAAAAUUGUGAACAAUCAACUGGAUCCUCUAUCCGAUGAUAUCAUUUUCGGGAUGGCUUCCUCUGUCGAUGGGUUUGAACCUGACGUUAAAAGGCACUAUGUUACAUUGGCAAAGACUAGGCUAUAUCGUGAUGUGCGAGACAUAAACGAUCAACUAUUGAGGAAAAUAAUUCGUAUCUGUGACUCGAAAAAGUUGCUUCACAUAAAAAAUGAGACCUGCGAAGAAUUACUUUAUCAUAUAUUCGAUUGUUUGCAAAAAAAUGCUCCCGAAAGACUACACGCAGAGGAAACUUUUAACAUCCAGAUUUCAAUACUAGAAUCUUCAAAUUUCUGGAAGAUCAUUUUUCUCUCAUCGGGAAAUACAGAAAGACUUCAUUCACAUCCGUUCGUCCAAGAAACGAGAGAUAUCUUGAUAAACUUGGCAAUGGAAAUUGCGGAAAAUACCAUAACCAUCGGAUUAUUAGAAGAUAUUCUUAGAAUUUAUUCAAAGGACGAAAAUCUUUUUAUCGAACUUAUCAACUCUGCCGUUGGAGAUCAAGUUGAACUCAUGAUAACGGAUAAUGCGCUUGACACACUUCGUCACAAAUGUGUCGCCUACACCACGACAUUUUUCCGUCUGGACAGAUUUUACACGAAAUUUUGUUCCUCUAAACAGAUAAACGAUUAUCAGAAAUAUAUAAUCGAUUUGCAAAAUCGAAAAGAGGUGAUGAACAAUACCACGAUUGAAAAUUCAUGUUCUGAUGAUCACUGGGGAAUGCAUAUUGAAACAAUUCCGGCCGCGGAUGCAGCUUUCAAAUUUUUUGAAUCACGCACUUUCGGUAACAUUUAUAAGCUUACCUUGGAAUCAGAAACACGCGAAUUAAAUGUUCAAUUUGUGGCACAAGAAAUUAUCAGAGAUGCUAUUGAUAAUUAUAUUAAAGCUUGCCAAAGAUACGAUGAUUGGGAAAAACUUAAAUAUCCGGAAGUCAAACUUUUCUGGAGUAAAAUCAAAUCUGAACACGUGGAUGCUGAGCUGUUAUUUUUGCUUUCAAAUUGCAACAUUGUCAAAGGCUCUAAGCGUGGAAAAAAACUAACCACAACAGUUGAACACUUGGUGUCAAUCCCGGUGUGGAAUAAUCGACUGCAAGAGCUGAUUGAGGCGCUAGAGAUUUUCGAAUAUCCUGUUGAUAACAAAUUUUGGGCGAGUAAAUUAUUGCAAAAUUUAAAAGACAAUGAUUUGAUUCUUGAGAAAGUGCUCCCCAUAUUCAAAGAUCUGAGGUAUUCUUUAGACCUCAACAGGAUAUCGGAUAAGUCUUGGGAAGCCAUAAGUGAAAUUUCGGCAUCCCGAGAUUUUAUCAAAUUUCUCAAAUCUUUGGUUGGUCAUGACCUGAAAAAUUUGAUUAACGGGGUAGAUGAUCAUUCGGAUGAAAGAUUAAUGCAGGCAGAUACCGUGUCCACCUUUAUUCAAGUCAAAUCGAUCUUGGAACAGCUCCUAGAUAAAGAUUCCAAAGAUGCUUCCGGUCACUCGAUAAAUAUAUUCCUGUCGAGAUUUUUAAAGGUUACUGAGGGUAACCCUUUGCUGGCCAGCAAAGUAAGGCUUUGCAACUCAAAUUACCAAGCAUUGAAGAAUAUGUAUGAAAACCUCUCAAAACGUGGAGAGAUAACAAAACAACGAAUCAAGAAUUGUGUCGUAAAAGGAACGUACGAGUUUACGAAUUCGGAAACUGACGAACAAAGAUGCACGGCGAAAUUAUCGUAUCAUAGCGACAAAUCCAAUAAAACUUUGACAACUUAUAGCUUUGCUGACUUGCAAGACUUGAGGGGACGUGCCCUUUUAAUUGCCAAGGCACCCGUUACAUCAAAAACUUCCGAUGAUGAUGACGAAACUGACGAGAUUACGGCAGAUGACAUGAAUGAAUUCGUCAUUCAGGUUGAUCUUGCGCUUCAAAUAAUUAACGUCGCAUCUACCUUGAUCGAACGACAUUUUACAUAUCGAAGAUUUGGUGCUUCAACCUCUUCUACAAAGGAUAUGGAAGAGCUACUCAAAAAUUUAACUGCUGAUCUAACCGAAUGGGACGAAUUUGUGAAUGUGGCACAGAAAGAACAUUACUACCUAACUUUUUAUCCGGCUCGUCACAUUUUAAGUUUUUAUGACUACUUCUUCUUUAAAGAUAAAGGGAAAGGUGAUCAUAAAAUGGAAAUUAUCACAGAUACAUGCGAAAAGCUUUUAAGAUUCGUGAGUGAUGAGGCAGAGUUGCCAUCUCUCGGGGAGUUCAGUGAUCAUAUUUCUCGUGAGGAUAACUUUUUGGAAAUUUUACAAAUGAUCGGGAACAUCUUAAAUCACAUGUUCAGCAAUGUUCCACCUCGAAGGCGGUUAAUCACGAAGAAAGUCGAAAGAAUUACUUCUAAUGUAGUAAAACCGGGUCAGCUCUUUGUUGCUGCUUGCAACGAUAAAUUUAGCGUGCCUAAUAUCAUCAUGAGUUUGUUUUCAAACUAUGGCUACUAUCCGGAACCUUGGCAACUUUUAAUAUGCAAGGCAUCGACCAAAUUAGAGGAAUUGAUAACUUUCACCAAGCGAUGCUUCUUUGCCGUGAGGAAUGGAUAUGAUAAAUAUUUAUUUUGUAUUGCCAACGUGGAAAUUCUCGAAUUUGAACUCCAGUAUCAGUUGGUGAACAGCAUCCGUUCACUAUCCUUGUUGGAAAAAAAUUUUCACCUAGCCUUAAUAUGUUGUCGAGAAGCUGGAAUGCAUCACCAUAUCCUCGAACAAUUCAGUCAAGAUGUUCAUUUCAUCACCAAAGGUCUAGGAGCGGAAUCCAUGAGUAAAAUCUAUCAGGAGUUGUGUCCAAAUGUGACAUGCGUUUCAUCGGAUUUGUCCGGACAGGGUAAGACUGAAAUGAUAAGGGAAAUCAGUUAUCGGAAAGGUUGGAUUCCGCGGAAUUUAUUAAUCAGUGAUGGCGUUAGGUUUGCAAUGCUUGUUCGUCAGUUAUCCGAGCUAAAACUCAAAAAGUUUGAGAGCCUCCAUCUGAACAUUGUAUUAAUAGAUCAUUCUUAUGAUGUGAAUAUGUUCCUGUUCGAGUUACUUAGUUUGGGGAUGGCAUCUAACGGAAGUGACAUAGCAUGUUUACCGUCAACUGUAAUUUUUAUUGAG